AUGAAUCCAAAAUCAAGUGGUGUUGAAAUCACUGACAACGGCGGUGGGAGUUUUACUGUCACAGUCGAGUCUGGUACUCCCGAUUUUACAUUUCGCGAUCGAUCAGACGUUGUAUCAGUCAAUACCGUUGGUUGCACUAAUUUACCAAGUAAUUGUUUCUACAACUGCACAUUUCGCGAAUUCACUGCAGACCAAUCUCUCACUACUAUUGGCUCGUAUGCAUUUUACAAAUGUAAUAACUUAGAAACGAUAACAACACCAUCUAUGUCUAAAAUCGAAGACAACUCAUUCUCAUUCUGCACAAAACUGAAAACAUUAUCAUUUCCAGAAAGUAUGACAUACAUUGGGGACUCAUGUUUCACAAACUGCACUCAAAUCACAGAUCUUUCAUUUGGGGGCAGCAUCACACACUGUGGAAGUUCUUGUUUCUCAAACUGCGAUUCACUGAUUAAUUUAACAUUCAACAACAUUGAUCUUAGCGAUAAUUCAUUGAGUGGAAUCACAUCUAUCGAAAACUUUGUUAUUAAAGGAAGAAUUUCUAAAAUCAAUUCAGCAAAUAUGGAUCCAUUAAAAAACUAUGUCAAGAAAAUAGAAAUAAACCAAGCAUUUCCAGAUGAAAUUUUUGGCAAAGCAGAUGAUUACGAAUACGCAAAUUCGGGUUGGAGUACUGUUUAUAAUACAAACACAGACUUAUUUUCAAAUUUUAUUAAACUUGAGUUUUUUCAAGUAAAUACAAACUUUUAUUAUGCAGAUAGAAUUUUUAACAACUGUCCAUUAUUAACUCAUUUUAUUAUUCGAGGAAGUUUUUGCCAUUAUAUAUUUUGCUGGGAUGUUUCUGAAUGCAGGGAUAGGCCAUAUGAAGGGGCUCGUUCUUUUCAAAAUACACAUAUCAAAUAUAUAGAGGUUAAUAAAUUUUUAACAGUUCUUGGUAGUGACUUGAACUGGUUAAAUGAUGCAAUUUAUAUUAAUAUUUCUCAUUUUUAUAUCCCAGAUGAAUUUGGUUCUAAAGGAUACUCUGGUAGACCUCCUUUCAUUCCUUUAUCACAGAAUGUUAAGGAAAUAUACGCAUCAUCAAGAUUUUUUUAUUAUAUAAUUCUUCCAAAUGAUCUUCCAUAUUUAAACAUUUUAACAAUUAAUAGAAUUGAUUAUUCAGAUGAGCUUGGUUAUACAUACAGAUAUGAUAUUAUUCAAAAUUCUAACCCUCUUUUAUUUCUUAACUGCUCAAAUGCCAGGAAUCUCAAAGAAGUGAGAUGUGCCAACAAAUCAUAUGAAUUUGAUAUAGGUUCAUAUGGAUUUUAUAAUUGUUAUAAUUUAGAAGUCAUUGACCCAAACAUUAAUAUCAGUGGUGAAUGGAUUUUUUACAAUUGUUCCAAAUUGAGAGAAAUCAGUGUAAGUGGUACAUUAUUACCAAAUGCUAUUUCAAAUUGUGAAAAUCUCAAACUAAUUCAUUUUAAUAAUGUUUCAUUAGAGGAAACAAGUUGUAUUUCCGAAUGUCCAAAUUUAGAGAUAUUAGAUUUUUCUAAAGUUUCAUCUUUCUCAACAGUGCCAAAUUCAUUUCUCGGACUUAAAAAUAUCACAGUUCUUCAUCCAUUGAGAUUAAUAGGUUCUAAUUGGAUGAAUGAAAUAGAAAAUGUGAGUGUAAUAUUACCUAAAGGGCUUUCAAAUGUGAAUAAUAAUGCAUUUUCAAAUUGUCACACCUUAGUUAAUAUUGAUAUUCAAGAUGUAACUACAAUAGAAGAAAGAGCAUUUUAUUCAUGCACUUCUUUGAAAUAUAUAAAACAUUCUAAUCAUAUUAUACAAAUCUCAGAUUAUGCAUUUUGGAAAUGUACAUCACUUUUAGAAUUUCAAUUUGGAGAUCAAAUUCAAACUAUUGGUUCCUGUGCUUUUGCUUAUAAUAUAUUCCAUACUAUCACUAUUCCUUCAUCAAUCCAAACUAUUAGUUCACAAGCAUUUAUUUACUCGAGCAAUCUUGAUACAGUAAUUUUUAUGAAAUCACCAUCUAUAAUCGAAACACAAAUUUUUUCAUCAUGCAAUUUAUUAAAGAAUAUAACAUUUGUUUCAUCCGAUUCCGACGUUGAAAUCGCUCCAAGUGCAUUCUCCGACAAUCCGAAAUUAGAAUAUGUUCGAUUGCCGUCUACAUUGAAAACUCUAGGCGAUUCGUCCUUCAUGAAUUGCGUUGCUCUUCCUACCAUAACAAUCCCAGAUUCAGUCACAACAAUUAAUAAUAAAGUCUUUACGAACUGUAAAACAUUAACAUCCAUUCAACUCUCAAAUACAUUAACAACAAUUGGUGAAUCAGUUUUCAUGGAUUGUACUUCUCUUCCUUCAAUAAUAAUUCCAAAUUCAGUUACAUCAAUCGGAACAACAAUCUUCAAGAAUUGCAUCUCACUAACAAAUAUUGAACUCUCGAAUAACUUGGCAACAAUUAGUGUUUCAGCAUUCAUGCAUUGCACUUCUCUUCCUUCAAUAACAAUUCCAAAUUCUGUGACAACAAUUGAUAAUUCUGCUUUCAUUGACUGCACUUCUCUUAGAUCCAUUCAACUCUCAAAUAGCUUGAUAACUAUUGGUUCCAAAUGUUUUUAUAAUUGCGCAGCAUUGGACCAAUUAACAAUUCCUGACUCUGUUGAAAUUAUUGACACUGAAGCAUUUUCAAAAUGCAAUUCAUUGAGUAGCAUCGUUUUAUCAUCUUCAUUAAGAGAAAUCCGAUCAUCUGCAUUUUUCAGAUGCACAAAUCUUAACAAUGUUGUUAUUCCUAAUUCAGUUCAAACAAUUGGAACUAAUGCAUUUAUGAACUGUGAAAAUAUGAAAACAUUCACAUUCAACAACAACAUUCGAGUUAUUGAAACAAGUUUGUUUGAGAAUUGCUAUCAUCUUGAAACGAUCACAUUACCAACUUCUACAACGACAAUCAAGAAUCGAGCAUUUUAUUCAUGCCGAGAUCUUGAAACAGUAAUAAUGAGUGAUGGUGUUACAGAUAUUCAAGAAGAAUCAUUUUCACAAUGUACCAGCCUGAAAAAUAUUAACUUACCAAAAUAUCUUCGUCAAACAAAACGUAAUAUUUUUAAUAAUUGCCAAUCAUUAACAAACAUUACAUUUCCCGAAAAUAUUGAUAGAAUAACCAGUUUUACAUUAGCAUACUGCUCGAAUCUAUUAGAAAUUACAAUUUCACCUAAUUGCCAGGUUCUCACAGAUGCAUUUAAAGGAUGCAUAAAUAUCAAAACCAUCAAAGUUGGAGGAAAUGCAGUAUUUUCAACUAAUUGUUUUGAUUCAUCUAUAAAUCGUAGUAUAAAUAUUUACUAUAAAGGAGUUCAAGAUACAACUAGUAAUGACCACAGAAAUGAAGUAAAUAGAAUAUAUUAUAAAAUAUUUGCUGGUUGUGGAUAUAAACCCGAUUCUUAUUGCGAUAUAACAGUUGGUAAACCAACUGAAUGCAGUCCUGUUUGUCCCCAAUGUCCAGAUUUCCCUCAAUGUCCCCCUUGCAUUCAAAACGAAUGUCCUAGUUGCAACUGUUUCUUCUCAGCAAUCAAAAAUGGACGACAUUCAACAAUAAUCUUUCUUCUUGCUAGAAAUAGAUAA